AUGUUCACUCGUCUCUUUCCUCAAUACAGCUUUUCGAAUCGACUCUUUAUCAAGAUUAUUCAACUGGUGGAACACUUCGACUAUCACGGGCAUUGUUGUUUAGUUUUCAAAUUGUAUGGCCUCAGCGUUUUCGAUUUCCAGAGGAAAUAUAAUUUUCGACCGUAUCACAUUGAAGAUACGAGGCACAUUAUGUAUCAGAUUUGUUAUGCCGUAAAAUUCUUGCAUGACAACAAACUGACGCAUACAGACCUUAAACCGGAAAACGUUUUGUUCGUUUGUGAUGACUGUUAUACUGAAAAAGUGGGAAGUGUGGUAAGUUCCUCAUUAUUAUAUUGA